UACUAUCUAUGAAACAAGCACCAGUAGCAAACUUUUGUGGAAAUGAUUGAGACAAAAGGAAUAGUUUUUAAGUUUGUGGUAUUUUUUCAGACUUUCGGGAGUAUUUUAACACUUGUUGUGGAAUUAGCUGAUUUUGGUGCUGUUUUGUUAGAUCCGCCGGGGCGUGGUUCUCUCUGGAGACACAAUAUAUCGGGGGCACCUGUCAACCCCCGAGACCAUCAACUCAACUGUGGAGGGGCUCAGAAUCAAUGGAGAAAUAAUAAUGGAAAAUGUGGGUUAUGUGGCGAUCCCUGGAAUGGACCACGUGAUCACGAAAUUGGCGGGAAAUUUUUCACAAAUCACAUAUCAUCUUCAUAUCCAAGAAAUUCUGUGAUAAACUUAACAGUUAAAAUGCUAUCAAACUCUAUAGGAUGGAUGGAGUUUAGAAUUCACCCAUAUACCAAAAAUAUUGAACAAAAUCAUUUAGAUAGAUAUUUACUUAAACUUGGAGGUAAUCAAACAACAAGAUAUCGAGUCCGGAAGUCGGGAUAUCACGUGAUACCUGUUUUAUUACCGGAAUAUCUCGAGUGUGAGCGAUGUGUACUUCAAUGGAAAUAUCAUACAGGUACUUUGUGGGGUUGUACUGAUGACACCCAGACAGACUGUUGCUAUGGCUGCGGACAGGAACAGGAAGAAUACUAUAACUGCGCAGACAUCUCCGUCAAACCGGAGACUGGAAUCAACAAUCAACAGGACACCAAACUUAAAUUUAAAAGUUUGACAGUGACACCCAGCAGUGAUUACCUGAGAUGGUGGUGCCUGACUCAGUGUGAAGGGGAGGAGUGUAGAGAACCACCGUGUUCUACCAUCUCCCGCCAACGCAGGUCCACGAGUAACUGUCUGGCCGCCGGGGCGUGGAGGGGACAGGCUAACAUGGACACGUGGUGUCGGAACAAUUGUCAGAUAGGCUACUGUCCCGCAUCUCACUGUCAGUGUCAAGAUGUGAGUCCAGUCACUACAUCAACUACUAGCACAACCACAACACAAUUCACGACGACAACGUCAACUGAAGAUCUUUUGACCACGCAUGCGCAUUCCUCAACCACCACAACUUCGCAGAAUGGAGAUGCCCCCGGUAUUGUCCGUGUGCUUGUCAGUAGAGGUUGUGAGUACUGUAAGGACAGGAAUGAUUCUAACUGUGAAGAUCUGUACUGUCCUGGAUACAACGCUGCAAAUAUUGUAAAUAAAGGAACCUUAACCCAAAAAAUAACAGAGCUCUCGGAUUAUUUUUGUACAACGUGUGACAUCGCAGAUUCCAUCUGUCAGAAACUGUUUUGUUCUCGCGAAAAAUUAAUGGUAAGUCUGGGACUUCACACAAAAUGUCGGAUCUGUGAGCUGACGGGGAACUGUCUGAAUUACCCUGAGUGUGAUCAGAUAAACGGAAAGGGUACUACCACCACCAGUACUGUCACCACCCAACCCACCACCACCGUUAACACAGUACCGAUGAAGAGGACAUGUGUCGCCAUUAACUACUACGCCCAGAUUAUUGGAAUGGACCAAUGGUGUGAAGACAACUGCGGAACUACGGCUGACAUCAACUGUUACCCAGAGGUCUGCCAGUGUUCAGAUCCUUCUAUGCCGUUGGUACAGAAGUUGGACACAGGUGACGUCACAACAUGCAAGGCCAUAGGUCAAGUCGCCAACAUUCCCGGCAUGGAUAAAUGGUGUACAGAUAACUGUCCCACCAACUGUCCAGAAACAUACUGCUCAUGUUCGGUACAACCUGUUACACAAGCUCCAACCACCACAAAAACGACAACAACGACAACAACAACAACAACAGCUUCUCCUACAAUGACGUCAUACAGGACAACUACUAAAGCAGACGACCCCACGGAAUCAACAGCCACAUUUACCACGCCAUCACAAACAACACCCUCCUAUAGAGGAGCGGAUUAUUACUCCAUAAAUGCCAUGAACGGGAUAAUGUGUAACAUCUGUAGGAGUGACCUUGACCUUUAUAGGGGGUGCUCAGAUCAAUUUUGUUCCAGAUUUGACAACAGUGUUGGUGAUCCGGUGGACAAAGUUGACCGAGCGCUGAAUUAUUCUCCGGAACUUUUCUGCGGCAUCCAGAACAAAGAUUCAGUAUUCUGUGAGCCUGCUCCUAUCAUCCGCCCCUUUAUUCUGAGUUCCAUGUGUUCCUCUUGUAUUUACCUUUCGCCGGAUCAAAACUGUAAUAUGUAUUGCAGCAGUUCCUGAUGAACGAGAUUCAAAGCCGAGGCCAAGCUAAAAGAAAUCCAAUAAUUCAAUAGUGCAUCAUGUUGUACGGGUAAUCUCCGUGUGAAAUACUAUGUUUUAAACAGUAUUAAUAGUAAUUUGUGUGUGUUGAUUUUAAGUGUUUUCCAAGGUUUUAUUUUUGAUAGACUAAUCACUGACAUAUUGUAAAUACUAGUUGGUGCUCUUCUUUUUGUCCUAAAAUGUUUAUUAGUAUUUUCUUGUUUAUGAAUAUUCAUAUGAAAGAGAUCGUUCUCUUUUCGGGCCUAACGCUUACAAAUACAUGUACAUUAAAUUUGUUUAAAUCAAACUUGAAUGACGCAGGUAACGAUUCUGCGUACUUUACGUGUUUGAUGUACAAGCUAAUGCUGUUAAUAAAGAUUAAUAAAAGUG